GUGAAGUCACAUGGGCUAGAUUCCUUCUCAAGAAGCUUCUUCUCAGAAACAACUGGAAGUCCCUGUGACUCAAUUGUGUGAGCAGUGGAAGUUGGGAAGGAUAAUGGGAAAUUAGAUGGACUUAAGAAGAGGUUGACAAGAAACAAAACCCAAACUAAAUAGAAGAUUUGACAUACAAGAUCCAAGAGGAACAUAAGGCAUGCCAAGGGUGAUUCACAAGAUGGAAGUGACCAGCACUGUGGGGGAGAAUGUGACCUUGUCCUGCCAGCUGUCUGCAGAGAAUGAGGUCCUCCAAGUCACAUGGCAGAAAGAAGGUCAAACAACAGAUAAUAUAGCCACAUACAGCUCCAACCAUGGCCCCAGAUUACUUGGACCCUACCAAGACCAUGUCCUAGUGACCCAAAGUGAUUUGAACUCCUCAGCCAUCACCCUUGAGUUUGUCUCCUUAAAAGAUGAAGGAUGCUACAGAUGCAUUUUCAACAUCUUUCCCAUAGGGCCUGUCCAGGGCAGGAUGUGUUUGAGUGUUUAUGCCAUAUCAAAACCUGAGGUGGAUGCCCAGCUCCUGACCAAGGAAGAGGGGGAAGUACUGGCCCUGAGCUGCCGGGUGACAGGAAAACCAGCCCCCAAGAUCACCUGGGACCUGCCAGAUGGCUUGGUGGUGACACCACAGCUCUCAUAUGUUUGGUACCCUAACAAGACUGUGACUGUCAUCAGCAACUUCACCUAUAUUCCUGCCCAGUUCCCCCAGGAAUGGCCAAUAAUAUGUAUGAUUCAGCACCCAGUCCUCAACACAGAGAUUGAACUGAAGUAUCCAUUCCAUGAACCUACUGAUGAUCAUAAGAUCCUCUUCAUCUGCUUCUCUUCUGCGAGCAUCACUGCCUCUUUCCUGGGUCUUUAUUGUUGCUGUUUAAGGAAACAAAAAAUGGGUACCUGCCAAGUAGGCGAAGCUCUGAUCUUGGUCAUCACUUGGUUGACUCCAAAGGUCUGCUGUGGUUGGUUCUCAAGCAAAGUUUCUGCCAAUAUCACUGAACAAGAAAGGACUGUGGAUGUGUAACCCUUUUUGUACUUAUACUGGAAGUACUCUUAUACCUGUGCUAAGCUAUGGGGUUGAAACUGGCAAGGAAAAUCCAGGGUCCCUGCCUGAGAGUGUGCAACCAACUGGCUCCUUCAGGACAACUCCUAUAGAUGUAGCUGAGCUUUCUGUGAUUCAGGCAUCUCUUGAUCUUGUAUCUUGUGUUGAUCAACUGCAUUACUCUAGUGGGUAUGUGAUCUCAUGAGUUUGGGAGUUCCCUCCAAUGAUCUGAAGUAAGACAGAUUGUGACCCAUCCAUACCUGCCUGUUUGAUGCUAUUCUUGUUCAUGGCCUCCCAAAAAUUCACCCCAAGGAGUUCAUCUAACACUGGGGACCAUUUUUGAUUUUUCCCAACAUCUCAAGGUACCAGUGAACCAUUCUUCCCAUCUUUGGCAUCUCUUGAUUUAAACACAUGACCCUGCCACCUUUUGGCUGGCCAUGAUGAUAGGCUCAGCUCUCAUUCUUCUUCAGAGAGCCUUGUUGGUUCUAUUUUACAGCUCCUCAUAUCUACCUCUCAUUUCACCAUUGUCCUUCAUGUGAUAUUCUUCUUUAGUGUUUCAUAGGAUAUGGUGUUCCUGUUGUAUUGGCAUUGAACAACAUCUGUAAUAUGUUUAUUAUUAAAAACAUGGUCCUUUUCUUUUAUGAAAAGCUGUAUAGAAUUAAACCACUUUUUUGUUGGUAUGAGAAUGUGCAGAAUAUACAUAUAUGUGCCGCACGUUAGAAAGAGCCACAAUCUCUAGACACAUUCCAUGAUUUGUACUUCGUUGGUAUUGUUCAAUUGUUGCAAUCAUGUCCAACUCUCUGGGACCCCAUCUUUUGGGUUUUCUUGGCAAAGAUACUGGC